AUGUCAAACAACUACUACGAUAUUCGCGUGAAUGACCUUGUAUUGGAAGUACACGUACGCGGCGUUCCAACACCAACAGUAUUAUGGGAAAGAGAUGGUGCAGAAUUUACAAAUGGAAUGGACAGGGUGAUUAUUGCACGAGAGAAAGACGGAGUAUACAAGUUAAGUAUACACGAUCCAGUGAAACUAGAUGGUGGACGCUGGGUCAUUACAGCUAAAAAUAAAGCUGGCGAAGAUAAGGCUAAACAUCAAGUAAUUUUCAGAGGCAAAGAGUAUUAUCAACAUGUAUCAGGAAUAUGUCAUGCUGACCCGAAAACAUUCAAGGAAGAUAAUGAAUACUCAGCAGGAAAACAACAAUCUCGUUCCAGAGCAUCUUCAAUAAUGUCAGUAACAUCGAUUCACGAGGUUGAUCAAACUGUACCAAUUACUGAUGAUAGUUCUAAUUUGGAAUCAAAACCUGACGAAGAAACUACUGAAACCAAGACAGUAGAGACUAAAGCUAAACCUGGAAAAAAAGAAUGGCGCAAAAAACUAUCCACUUUGUAUUCCGUCCAACAACCGUCAACUACUGAAGAAAUGAAAACAUCAAAACCACUAGAAUCUAAACAAAAACUAUCGUUCGAAACUCUACUUAAGAAUGUCACAAUCGUCGAAGGUAGUCAAAUUAAAUUGGUAUGUUCGUGUGUGGGUCCAUCACCUACUAUUAAAUGGUUUAAAAACAACAUUCCGGUAGUUUGGUCUAAGACGGUAAAAAAUGAUACCAAAUUGGGUAUGGGUGCCAUAUAUUUUACAACAACUACAAUAAAUGAUACCGGAACAUAUAAAUGUACAGCAAGUAAUAACUUUGGAGAAGUUGAAACCUCUUGCUUAUUGACCGUGUACCCAGCUCCUCAAGACCAAUAUGAAGCUCCAAGAUUUACCAAAAAUGUACGAGAACAUUACGACGUACAAGUGAAUGACUUGUUUCUUGAAGUUCAGGUUCGUGGAAAUCCACCGCCAACGAUCAAAUGGUUCAGAGAUGGAAUUGAACUUGAGGACGUUGAAGGUGACAAAUUUUUUCUCUUGAGGGAACCGGAUGGGAUUCAUAAAUUGACUAUACAUGAUCCACAACGGAAAGACGAAGGACGAUAUCUAUGCGAAGCAGAAAAUAUUGCCGGAAAAGAUAUCAUUAAGCAUGUAGUUAAAAAGCUUAAUAAGGAAGAGUACACUCAUGUACAUGGUAUUACAUAUCACGAUCCAAAUAUAAAAAAACAUGAGACCAGCAAGGACAAACCUCUGGAGGAAACAAUUGCGCAAGCACCAAGAGAAUUCGUGUGGAUGGAUGAUGGAUCAUAUUACGUUCGAGGCCAUACCCCUGAGUAUUUAUGGGAAUGGGAAACUGACACAAGUGCGGAAAGUGAAUACGAACCAUAUCAACCAGCACCAGACGAAAUUGAUGUUGAACCAGAAGAAGAAGACGACCGAGAGUAUGAAGAAUGGGAAAUAAAACCACAACCGGUAGUAAAACAUGGUCCAAAAAUUAAAAAAAUGAGGAAGAAAAUAACCGAUAAACAUAAAAAAAUAAACGAACAAGAAUCAACUAUUUUGCCAGACAAACCAAUAGAUGUGGAAUCACAGAAACUAAUUAAUAUAACUUUAGAAACGGACCAAGUUAAAGAUACCGAAACUGAAGUUAAAGAACUAGAAAAAGACAGACCAGAAGAAAAAGUGGAAUCUGAUACAACAACCGAAAACCCCGAAGAAGGAAUAAUAAAACAAAUAACAGAUGAUGAUGAACAAGCUGUGCGAAAAGAGAAGUAUCUUCGACUCUUUCCCGAGCUAGUUCCAGAUACUUCCAUACCCGAAGAAAAUAAGAAUAUCCUGAAAUUCAUUAAUGAAUUAAGAGACAUCACUGUCGUGGAAGGCAAAUCUGCUAAAUUAUUUUGCACUGUUUUAGGCCCUAAAGCGGAUAUUAAGUGGAAGAAAAAUGGCGAACCGCUUGAAUUUUCCAAAAAUAUUAAAAACCAAUCCCAUGAAGGUACUGGAAUUGUUAACAUUGCCAAGGUAUCGGUCAGCGAUGAAGGUGUCUAUACAGUAGUAGUAAAGCACAAAGAUAGUGAAAUUACCAGUCAAACGAAACUUACAGUGAUCCAGAAAGUUGAGCUACCAAAAGGUACCGCCCCAAGAUUCAUAACUGGAAUCAAACAACACUACGACUUUCGUGUUGAUGAUCUCAUUCUCGAAACGCAUAUCAAAGGCGACGGUCUUCUAAGGGUUCAAUGGUUUUUAGAUGGUAUUCAAAUUGAAAAUAAUGACAAAUAUAUUCAAAUGCGUGCACCAUUAGGUUUAUACAAAUUAUGUAUACAUAACCCACAACCUAGAGACAGCGGAAAUUAUCUCAUCAGAGUUUAUAAUGAUUUCGGAAGCGAGGAGCAACCCUAUUCUCUAAGAAUUGAAGGCAAGAAAGAUAUUCCAUCAUACGGAAUAUUCCAUGCUGAUCCGAAGAAGCAGUAUAAAGAUGAAGAUGUUAAAACAGAACCUCGAAAAUACCGCGAAGUUGUAUUUUUAGAGGACGGUACGUAUUAUGUGAGAGGUCAAACGCCGGAAAAGUUUUGGGAAUGGGAAACGGAUACAAGUGCCGAAAGUGAAUACGAAGAAUAUGUUUCCACCGGAGAACACGAGACGGAGGAAGAAGAGAAUAAAGAUGAUACGAGUGAAGAUGAAAUUGAAAAUAAAGAUGAACAUAUAUCACUACAUGAAGAAGAAAAACAUGAAGUUAUUGUUGAAACUCAGAUCGCAGAAGACCAGGAGGAAGAACACUCCGACUAUGAAGAACCCAUACACGUAGAAAUUAAGAAAAGAGGUCCAAAAAUUAAGAAAAUGCGAAAAAAAAUAACAAGAAUGCCAUUGCAGUUAUUGCCAAGUCGUGAAUUAAAGUCUGAUAUGGAAUCAAAAGUUGUUACAGAACCUGAAGCAGUUGUUGCAAAACAACCAGAAAUGAAAUUGAGUAAACGCAUACAACUUGAACAACCUCAAGAAGUUCCAUUGGUUAUCAAGCCAAAGAGGAGACCAGUCGAAGUUAAUUUUAUAAGUCGAAUGAGAAGUCAAACUGCACUUAAAGGAAAAACUGUAAGUCUUAAUUGCUGCUGUUCCGAUAAUCAGAAACUUGAAGUGACGUGGUAUAAAGAUGGUAACAAAUUUGAGAUGAAUAAGCGUUGUGUGAGUGAUGUUCAUUUCGGCUUCAUAACCUUGGAAAUCUACCAAACAACUGUAGAGGAUUCGGGUAUAUACGAAUGUCACGUGAAAACAGCAAACGGUGAAGCAAAAGACUCAUGCAAAAUAACAGUAUUUGAAUUACCAGAUAAACAAUUAUGUGAGCUUGUGCCACCUACAUUCAUUCAUCCUCUAAAAGAAACAUAUCACAAAGAAUCAAAUGAUAUUCACCUGGAAACGAGAGUAAGAGGAAACCCGAUUCCGACAUUCACAUGGAUAUACGAUGGAGUAUUUAUCCACCAUAGCACGGACAAGUACGAAAUAUACAAUCAACAUUACUACGAAUUGGGAACGAAUAUUACAACAGCUAAAUUGAUAAUAAACAAUCCUCAACUAAGAGAUAGCGGCAAAUAUACGUUAAUUGCAAAAAACGAAAUUCAAACGGUAGAAGUAUCACAUCGUCUUAAGGUUGGCUUGCGUACAAUGGAUUAUAAGAAGAAAAGAAUGGAUGACAUUGUUGUUGAGAAUCAAGCUCCCAGAAUAUUACCUAAGCCUCCAACACCGGAACCAGAAAUUGUAGAACAGGUGCUAGAAUCAACAAAUGAUGAAAAUGUUUUAGAAGAAGAUGUAGAAGAAAAAGGAGAAGAAGAUAAAAACGACGAAGACGAGGAGGACAACGCAUGGUCUUGAAUGCAAUAUGUAUUUUUGAUGGUUUUAAGGCAGGAAGAAUCUUGAUAGAAUGGCAUUGCUAUUCAAAUACUAUGGCUCUGAAUAUUGGACACAAAUAAAUGUUUCACGAGCAUAUAUAAUAAUAGGAUCAACCUGAAUAUUAUUUAUUGAAAAAAGACUAUAUUGUAAAAUUACACAUUGUAGGGGAGGAGGGUGAUUGAUUCUUAAACCAAACCACUAAAUUGUAAAAGGCCUAAUAAAUUGUUUUUGCGCGUCUUCAGAAUUGAAUUGUGUGGUAAGACUUUUUUUUACUAUGUAUUCCAUCAGUCAUUAUGGUUCAUAAAUGAAACACAAAUUUCUGCGUUACUCGAGAAUUAAUCAAGCAAUGAAACGAAAUUUGGCAUGUGGAAAUUUAGGAUGCAAUGAAUGGUGGUUAGAAAUAAAUAAUGGUGGAUGCAAUGGUGGUUAGACACUCCACCCCCUUUCUAAGGGGAGACUGUCAUA